GCGAUAUCGGGUUUACGGAAUGUACGAUGCUCUGUGGUUUACAGAGACGUUGUCGCUUGCUAUUCGUAUUAUUGAAUGUCGCAGUAAGCCUUUAGUUGCGCUGAGUUUGCGUAAACGGAAGGUUAACAGGUGACAUGACCAGCAUAUCCCCGCCUUCUCACCGCACAUUGCGUGCUCUGUGUCGCUGGCUACUGUCUGCACACCGGGGGAUGUUGUGACCCGCGGCGGAGCCGUGUAAUGAUUGGAGUCACUGUGAGGCUGAUCGGCGCCAAGGACUCCUUCCUGCACCUGCCGCCGGAGCUCGUUGCACAGCUCCGCUUAGAGCAGAGUCAUGCGGUGGAGGUGUCGUGGGGCAACGAGCCCGUCUAUCUGGGCUGGAUGGAGAAUCGCAAUAGGAGCAGCCGAGAAAAUCAUUUUGCGGAGCUGAAUAUACACCUUGGAGAAAAGCUGGGCAUUAAAGAUGGUCAACAGAUCUUCCUUAAGCCGUGUUCCAGUGUCGUGUCGUGUAAAGAAGUCGCUGUCGAGCCUCUCUCUGCUGAUGACUGGGAGAUUCUGGAGCUUCACGCGUCUGCACUUGAAACACAUCUUCUUGAUCAGAUUCGGAUAGUUUACCCCAAGGCUGUUUUCCCAGUAUGGGUUGAUCCGCGUACUUUUAUUUAUAUCAAGAUUGGCGCGCUGAGUCCUGCUGCUCGUUAUGGGAGACUGGAACCCUUGACGGAGCUCAUGGUGUGCCCAAAAGUUCGAGGUUCUGAAAACAUUCCUUCUGCUUCGUCAUCGCUCAGAGCCGAGGAUCCAGAUGAAGGACCAAGCGGUGCAAAAGAUUUGGAAGCGAGUGCAGCAGACAUGAACAGCGGACCUGGAUCACCGGAUGGAAAUGAUAGAUCAGACACGCUAUGCAAUGAACAGAGCGUGUGGAACAGACUAGAACAUUUCUUUUUUUCUGCCAUAGGAAAGAAAACCGCACCUCCUAUAGAUGUCACUGCAGAAGACCUUUUUGCAAGGACUUUGCUCCGAAGGGUUAAUGUGAAAGGUGUCUUUCGUGUAUCUAACGGUGUUCCUCCGAUUGUAAGGAACAGUCCGGCAUACACCGACAACCUGAAUGAUAAUACCGUUCAAGUGUUUUUAUGGUAUCCCGAGCCGCCAGGUUUAGUAUCGGACGUUGUUGUGUCAUUUGGAUAUAUUGCAGAACUUCCUUCUCCCAAACGACAAAAAGAAAUUGCCAAACGUCACAAAGAACAGCACGAGAGAGACAAAGUAUCUGGGGAUGCGGAGAGAAUGGCGCAGACCAGCACCAGUGCCAAGGGCUCCAGGGAUGCAGUGAAGAUUGUUUGGCAUGGCUUUGAGGAUCUCAAAGAUGUUAUAGAGUAUGACACCAGGAAUGGGAACACACACAUUGCCAAAGUUUGGAUUCCUGAGAACCUGAGAAAAAGACUGAACGUUAAUCUAUCAUCAGCUGUCAGAAUAGAGUCGCGUGAAUGCCUUCCGCAGAUCCCCGGCGCUCUCACGCUGCAGCUGCUGCAGUCUUUGGAUACGAACGCCUCCGAAGAAGACAUUCAGUCUGCGUUCAGUUCCUGGCUGCAGUCAUCUGUUACUGAAACAUCGCCCUGGAUUUUGGGUAACCCGGCCCGUAUACGGAUUCCUGUAAAAGAAGAAAUGACGGAGUUCUGCAUCAGUGUCAGUCCAGCAGCUGAAGACACGAACCAAGAUUUCUUCUUUAUGUUAUGCCCUGGCGUGUUGCAGAAGACUAAAAUUCAUGUCAUCCUUCAACCUUCAGCAUCAGAUGAACCACAGAAAACCAGGCAGAUUGACCAAACUCUUCCCUACCUGCGAAUAGAGAAUCUGGGAGGUGUUGGUGACGUGGCCACGUCUUGCUACAAGCAUGUUGUCCAUUGUCUCAUGGGCCGACCCCUGUCCAGGCAGCUGGUGGCCACAGUCUCUGGACUUCGCAGCGGAGCAGUCCUCCUAUCCGGAGCUAAGGGGUGCGGGAAAUCUGCAUUAGCAAGGGCAUUGUGCAAAGAGGCAUUUGAGAAACUUGAAGCCCACGUUGAAGAAAUUGAAUGUAAAUUGCUGAAAGGGAAGACGUUUGAACACGUGCAGCAGACCUUGGAAGAAGCCUUUGCCGAGGCAGCCUGGAGACAGCCUUCGGUUCUGUUGUUGGAUGACCUGGAUCUCAUAAUCGGGGUCCCUUCUACACCAGAACUAGAGCAGAGUCCAGAAGCGGCACAAAGCAAGCAGCUUGCAUAUGUACUGAAAAAUCUCAUGAAAGAAAUCAUUUCCAUGGACACCCAGAUAGCUGUUAUUGCCACAAGUCUAUCUGAUCGAUCCUUAAAUCCAAUUCUCAUUCCUGUGCAAGGAAUUCAUCUUUUCCAGUGCCUUAAAUCUAUCCAACCGCCUGCUCAGGAACAAAGAUCUGAAAUGUUACGUUGUGUAAUUGAAAACAGACUCAAUACAGUUAUUGGGUGCUUUAAAGACCUGGACCUCCAUUGUCUGGCAAGAGAGACAGAAGGCUUUGUUGCGAGGGAUUUUACUCUGCUUGUUGAGCGAGCUAUAGAAUCCAGUGUCGCAUCCAGAAAAAUCCACAGAAAAGCAGACUUUGAAUUGUCCACAUCUGACUUCCAGAAAGCUCUGAAAGGUUUUACUCCUUUGUCUCUCCGAAAUGCUCACUUGCAUAAGCCAAAGAGCCAGGGAUGGAGCGCGGUCGGAGGUUUGCAUGAUGUACGACAGGUUCUUAAGGACACCAUUGAGUUACCAGCCAAGUAUCCCGAGUUGUUUGCAAAUCUUCCAAUACGCCACAGAUCUGGAGUACUGCUGUACGGAGCACCGGGGACAGGGAAGACUUUACUGGCCGGGGUUAUAGCUCAUGAAAGUAGAAUGAAUUUCAUUAGCAUAAAGGGUCCAGAGCUUCUCAGCAAAUACAUUGGAGCCAGUGAACAGGCCGUGCGUGAUGUCUUCACAAGAGCCCAAGCUGCCAAGCCGUGUAUCCUGUUUUUCGAUGAAUUUGACUCCAUUGCCCCUCGCAGAGGUCACGAUAACACUGGCGUGACGGACAGAGUGGUCAACCAGAUGCUCACCCAGCUGGAUGGGGUGGAAGGGUUACAAGGUGUGUAUGUUCUGGCUGCCACGAGUCGACCGGAUUUGAUUGACCCUGCUUUGCUCAGACCUGGACGUUUGGAUGAAUGUCUGUACUGCCCCCCACCGGAUCAGGCAUCCCGGUUGGAAAUCCUACAAGGUCUCAGCCAGUCCAUGCAGUUGGAUGAUGAUGUGGACUUGAAGCAAAUAGCGGCGUUAACAGAGAACUUUACAGGGGCAGAUCUGAAGGCAUUGCUGUAUAAUGCCCAGCUGGAGGCAAUCCACGUCAGCCUGGCCUCAACCCUGCCUCAGGAUAAUGGAUCUGGAUCAGACAGCGAUGUGAGCUUAUCUUCUAUCAUAUUCCUGAACCCAAGCAGUGGCUCUGAUGAGUCGGUUGGUGAACCGGACGGUGCCAUAGAGCAGUCUUUAGCAUGCUUAGACGUGCUAAAACUUCCUCCGGAAGAUCCAAAGUCAAGCAUCUGGCAGCUUUAUUUUGGAAGUUCAUAUGAAUCUGAAUUUGGGAAUGGAAGCACAGAUCAGACGUCACAGAGCUUAUCUGGAAGCAAUUCCAUUACACAUGAUUUUACUGGCCUGACUAUAGGAGAAUUAGUACCUUCACAACCUAUAGCGCUCAUUACAUCCUCACGAGAAGAUCACCAGGAGUGUUCUCAGGAACAAUAUCAGAAAAUAAAUGAUGAGAUCAGUGUUACCAAGGCCAGCUACACCAAUGUGGAUAUUGGAUUUCGAUGUCAAACGGACACAAAGAAAAAACUGUGCAUUUGCCAGCAUCACCUGGUGACCGCCCUUCGUAGCACAAGACCUUCUAUUAGUCAAGAGGACUGGAAGGUUUUCAGCGACCUUUAUGAAAAUUUUAAAAACCCAAAGAAGACAAGUACAGAAGCCUUUAGGAGUGGCCAGAAAGUAACUUUAGCCUAACUUCUCUUAUCCGAAAUCUUGUUUGUUAUACGUUCUUAAUUUAAUGAUCCAUAAUCUACCAGUCCUUUUAAAUAAAUAAAUGUCUAAUUUUUAUGGCUUA